AUGGAAAAACUUUUACUUACAGUUUCUCUAUUAGCUCUCACAGCUAAUGCAGCACCAGUCAGCUCAUUAAUGAAUAAUUAAAGAGCCCAGGUAAAAUGGAGACAGGAAGCAACAAACAAAUUCAACUGGAACAAAACUCAGGAAAUUAAAUGGGAGGUAGUUAAUGCUUUUAUCGAUGUUCAAACUUCCCCUGAUGGAGAUGUGUACGCUAUUCAAAAACUUGAAUAAGAAUUAAAUGAUCCUAAAUACUUUGUUUACUUGUACAGUCCUAUUUCAAACACAUGGCAAAUAUACGAUAAAGAUUUCCAAGCUAAAGCAGUCAGAUUUGAUCUCUUUGGAAGAAUGUACUUCCUAGAUACAAAAAAUUGUGUUCUAAAUGAAAAUAGAUAAAGAUAAGCUUGCGGCUUCAAAGACUUUGAAGUAUAUGCUGAUGGAAAAAUCAUUGCUAUCCAUGAUGGAGUUUCAAACAUUCCAGUUGAUACCCUAUCAUCUCUUUAUCAAGAAGAUCCCUACUCUAAUGCUUAAUUCAAGGCCUUAAACAGCAAAUAUAUAGGAUUAACUUUACUCAGAAAUCACGCUGGUGUUGAUGGUGCUCUAUGGGGACUUCUUUAUGAGCCUAAUGUUACUCAAUAUCAAAUCGCUAAAUGGCAGACUAUUACUUAAAAAUGGUACAAGAUUGAAGGUCAGAAGGGUGUUGCUCUUUCAGCCCACAAUGAAAUCUCAGUCGCUGUUGUUGACGAUAGAGGUCUCCUUAGUCUCUCGUCUUAAAACUAACUUCAGCAAUAAGCUGUUUACAUUUGA